GUAGGAGUGGUCAGAGAGAUGAAAGGAACAUUAUUGAGGGAGGGAUUUGGUGGUGUAUAAAACAUCCUUUGCAACUUUUUUCUCUAUCACUACAGCUCCUGAAGACAGACUUUCACUCUCCAUUCUCCUUAAAUAUCUGCAAAUCAACUUUGCUAUCAUCAUGUCUGAUACCCAGCAAGCUAUGGCUCUCCUCAUCGGCUCCUUCAGUAAGUAUGCUGGCAAGGAGGGGGACAAGCACACCCUGAGUAAGACAGAGUUGAAGGAGCUGCUUCAGAAUGAACUUGGAGAUCUGCUGGGGAAAGCCAAUGACAAGGAAGCGGUGGACCGCAUCUUCAAGGGCCUGGACACAAACCAGGACAACAGUGUGGACUUCAACGAGUUUACCAACAUGGUCAGCUGCCUCACUGUGAUGUGCCACGAAUACUUCAUCAAAAAAUAGGGAUCCAAGCGCCACCUUGGGGCCAGCAUUGAGAGCUUCCUCCCUUUGAAAGAGAUGACAGCUUGUUCUGAAUAAGGAAUACAUAUUUACUACUAUUUACUAAAUUGCUAGAUCACAAAACAUUAUAAUGUAACGCACAAUGAAAUAAACGUCUUUCUUUGAAACA